AGUCAACAUCUUCUACUUAUAAUCCCAAGACUCUCUCCCUCUUUGGCAUCAUCCAUCUCUUGUUGCUAUUAGCUAAUUGAUCACUGGAUUAAGAUCAUGGCCUAUGCUGCUGUUGCUUCUGUUUCAGAAACAUUAUCUCUGAUCCUGAACCAUCAUCAGUAUGCCGUUUUUCUUGAUCAGAAACGACGACUUAGAUCUCUCCAUCAACACCUCAAGUUCUUGCGAGCAUUUCUUGAAGAUUUUCCUGAUAAAGCCAUCCAUUUGGAAGGUCGAAUCAGGGAUGCAGCAACUGAAGCUGAAGAUAUCAUUGAGCACCUACUGUCUGAAGAAAUUCGCAGCUGGAGUUCAACUGGAGGUGGCGGUGGACGUCCUCGUACUGUUCAUCCUUCGCCCCAUCGAACUGCCAACUCAAUUUCCCGUAGGCUUCAAAAGAUGUGUCAGCAGCUACCAAAAGCAGCUGAGGUUGUUGGAUCCAUUGUGGAAGAGGUGAUGGGGAUCAAGAAUAGCCUCGGAGCUGUCCAAGAUCCGCAAGUACUCACUCAUUCUUCUCCACCUACUACUUCAUCAACAGCGCUUGUGCCCACCAAAAAAUAUGACCAAAAAAUAGAUGCCAUGGUUGGAUUUGAAGAGGACCUUUUAGCAACAAAGACUCGGCUUUAUGGAGGGUCGUCCAAACUCGAAUUCAUACCGAUCUAUGGCAUGGGCGGCAUUGGCAAGACAACUCUCGCUAGAAAUGCUUAUGGCGAUUCAUUGAUUGUAGAACACUUUGAUAUCCGUGCUUGGUUGACAGUAUCACAAGAUUAUAGCGUCCAACAAAUGCUUUUUGCUCUUGUAGAUUCCAUCAAACCAUUCAAUGAGAAGUUUGAUGGAGAAAAACAUAGCUACGAACAAAUGUCGGAACAAGUGUACAAAAGCUUCAAGGGUAGGAGGUAUCUCGUGGUAUUGGAUGAUAUGUGGAGUACAAAGGCUUGGGAUGAUGUGAGAAGGAUAUUACCUGAUGACAGUAACGGCAGUCGGAUCAUAAUCACUACAAGGCUACAAGAUGUGGCUGCUUAUGCCGACUCUUCUAGCCCUCUUCAUGAGAUGCGUUUCAUGGAUGUGGAUCAAAGCUGGAUUUUGCUUCGGCAGAAAGUGUUUAAUGAACAACAUUGUCCUGCUGAGUUGGAGAGCACCGGGAUGAUGAUUGCAAGAAGCUGCAAAGGUCUCCCGCUUGCAAUUGUUGUAAUUGCAGGAAUUCUGAAAACAGUCAGUCAGACUCAAGCUUCUUGGGAGGAUAUAGCAAAGAAAGUAAAUUUAGCUGUCUCUGCAAAAGAUGAGCAGUUUGGCAGGAUAUUGUCUUUAAGUUACACCCACUUGCCUCAUCAUUUGAGGCCGUGUUUCCUAUACAUGGGAUGUUUUCCUGAGGAUUAUGAGAUCCAUGUCUCAAAACUUGUCCAGUUAUGGAUGGCUGAAGGCUUUAUGAAACCAAGUGUAUCUAAAAGCUUUGAGGAGGGAGCAGAAGAAUAUUUGGAGGAUCUUGUCAAGAGAAGUCUUGUGUUGGUCAAUAGGAGGAAGUCUAAUGGCAAAAUCAAAAGUUGCAGUGUCCAUGAUCUGGUACGAGACUUGUGUAUAAGAAAAGCUCGGGAAGAGAAGUUUGUUCUAUAUGCUCUGGAUAGGUAUGUCGACAGAAUUCUUCCAAAACCCAUAAAAGAUCAGCAUCGCCUAAGUAUUCCUCGUUCUACUAUGCUUCUUUUUCAAAAUAUCUUUACCCCUACCAUCCGCACUGCUUUAUACUUUCAGCAUUGUCGAUUGUUUCCAAGUAGUUUAAAAGGUUUUAGAUUGCUGCGGGUAUUGGAUGCUCAGAAGGUAACAGUCAUGAAGUUCCCAGCCGAAGUACUUGAGCUGUUUCAUUUAAGGUACCUUGCUUUCACCCGCGGGUAUGAUGACCUCUGUAUUCCUGCUUCCAUAUCAAAACUUGAGAAUCUUCAAACUUUAUUCAUUUAUCCAUAUGGGGGGGACAAUGCUUUCUAUUCUGCAAUAUGUUUUCAAGCUGAAAUUUGGAGGAUGGCACAAUUAAGACAUCUUGUCUUCUUCAUGUUAGACCCCUUACCUAGUCCUUGUCCCAGAUCUUUUGCUCUUGAAAAUCUGCAAACACUUGCUCUGUUACUAAAUUUUAGAUGUUCCGAAAGGAUUGGGCAAAUAUUUCCCAGUCUAAAAAAAUUGGGCCUCAUUUAUGGGAAAGAUAGAGUACUAAACUGGGAAUUCUAUGGUCUCCACAAUCUCGUCCACCUGCAUCAACUUGAAAAACUGAAAAUCUCUAUGCCGAUCAGUAGUUGGGAAAGUCAUUCUCCUACGUGGAUUCCAGAAAGUCGUGUUCCUUUGUGGGAAAAACUUGCUUUUCCUAGGAUGCUGAAAAAGUUAACCUUAGGUGGGUUUAUGCUUAGCCAGCAAGACAUGGCGACUAUAGGUUCAUUGCCAAAUCUUCAUGUGCUGAAACUGAGAAGGUGCUCUUUUAGGGGUGGCAAAUGGGAAACAACCGAAGGAGAAUUUGCUCAACUGAAGUUUCUGAAAAUCGAAAGCACAAAUUUGAAGCAUUGGGUAACAGAUAGCAGUCACUUCCCAACCCUUGAGCGCUUACUACUUUAUCAUUGUCCAGAACUAUACGAGAUUCCAAAUGUUAUAGGAGAAAUCCCAACACUUGAGCUGAUUGAGGUAAAAAGUUGGGACGAGUUUCUUGGGAACUCGGCCAAACGUAUAAAACAGGAACAAGAAGAUUCUGGAAAUGAAUGCCUUCGAGUUCGGAUUUUGAAGUAGCAGUACAUUGCAUGCAGACACAACAUUUAUUCAUGCGUCCUCAACCUCCUCAUCUAAGGUUAGGUAUCGGCCUAAAAGUUAACUAGUAAUUUUUGUAUUGUUUUUUCCAAUUAUAACACUGUAAUUCUCUUUACGUUCAGCAGUUAUAGGGAUAAGUGUUUAAUUGAUUCUCGUUUGUUUUCGAACCUGUUUUACUCUUUAAAAUUUUUGUUUUAAUAUUAUAGAGGAAAGUCACAUGGCCUUCACGUGACUUUUUAAAUAA